CCCUCCUCCCCCUUCGUCCAUCCUCUAUCGCCCCAUCAGCCCGUGAGCUGGCUACAUAGAGUUAGAUGUGAUUGACGAUGAAAGGUGGGACGAGUCAACAAAGGGUUCGUGCCACCAACUCGCAUGCAUGUAUGCGUCUUGGACGGGUAAGAUGUGUGUGUGUAUUAAUUAAAGCAGACUCAUGUGAAUGUUCAUUAACCAGGCGCUUUCGUCUACAUACUUGGCUGUAGCCGGAGAGUAGCGGAAGUCUGCUACAGACGACAGGGCUAAUAUUUCAGUCCAUCUACGUGAGGGACUCACAUUGGCCUUUACUUGCUACAACUUAGCUGGGACAGUGGGAUCCAGCAGAGAACCACUUACUACUCAAAAUUCUAAGCUAUGGUUAUGUGAAAAAGCCAAAUACCGGUGUGGAUAGUUACGAACAAACGAAUGGACCACCUUUACAAGUUGUUAGUGGGCGUGGCCCUACUGAUUGGGGCGUGGUCAGUCAUAGUCUCUGCUGCAGGUCAUGGUCGAGGGUACGGCCUCCAUCUUGGUUCUUCAAAUGACCAAGAAGACGAUCAAGCUGCAGUUUGCAACACCAUUUGCGAGAUAAACGGAAUGACAUUUGAGGGGAACAGUGACUUUAGUUUGAGGAAUGGAUGUAUUGAGUACUCAAAGUGUCGUUGUUUCUGUGACGGCAAUUGGCGUUGUUAUGACGGCGUGGAUCUUUGUAACCCUGACAACAACGCACCCGAUCCUGAUGCGUGCCGGGAGUGUGAAGUCAAAGGAAUCUUUUAUCCGAGUAACAGCGCGUUCGACUACCGGCGAGGUUGUGAGGAAAUGACCGGAUGUUACUGUCGUUGCAACGGUUCAUGGACGUGUCAGACUGCCAGAUACACGUGUCCUGACCGUCAGAAUGGCUCUCGGGGCACCAACUACCGGACGGGUUCAAGGACAGAAUACUCAGGGUCAUCGACGUCUGGGACAAAUACCGGUGAAUCGUCGUCUUCCUCUGGUAGAAAUACUGGAACAUCAUCUUCAACAUCGUAUUCUUACGAGUCAUCUUCCUCAUCAGGACAGCGAACGUCGUCCUCGUCCUCGUCAUCUGGUGGAUCAGGGGGUGUAGGGGUACUAACGGGGUCACGUGACGAAAAUUGUAAUACAAAAUGUUUAGUGAAUGGCCAGCAAAUUGCGGCUAAUUCAUACUUUAAAUAUACAAACAGCUGUAUAGAAUAUCAAUCGUGUUAUUGUAACUGUACUGGGUACUGGCAAUGCUCGGCUGAGACGGGGACCAACAUAUGCUCAGAUGCACGUGCUGACCUUGGACUGGGUGUAUUGACGGGUCGCCAGAACCAGUAUGGGUGUAUAUCAUGCGAUGUCCACGGAACUUUUUACUCACCUGAUACUUCCUUUACUUAUCGGAACGGUUGCGUGGAAUGGCAAGAGUGUCGUUGCGAGUGUGAUGGAGGAUGGCAGUGCCAGCCAAACCGUGCUAGAUGGAUAUGCGACAAUGUCUGUCGACAGUGCGAGGUAGACGGACAGUUGUAUGACGGGAAUACGGAAUUCGUGUAUCGGAAGGAGCAAGAGUGUGUUGAAUAUGACCCUUGUACAUGUAAAUGCGACGGUUCCUGGAACUGUCCAUCUGAGAACGGAAAUUGGAUAUGCAGUGACCGCUGUCUGCAGUGUGAUGUCGAUGGGCGAAUUUACGAAGGAGGCACUAACUUUAAACAUCAGGAGGACUGCUGGGAAUGGGACCCGUGUAUCUGCAGCUGUAAUGGAUCGUACCGAUGUCCCAAGGAGAACGCCAAGUGGGUGUGUACCGACCGCUGCCUCACGUGUGACGUAAAGGGACGUGUGUACCAGGGAAAUACCCAAUUCCAAAUGCAGGAAGGUUGUCACCAGUUUAACUGUGACUGUAAAUGCGAUGGAGCAUGGACAUGUCCUGUCAACAGAACGAUCGAUACGUGCAACCAGAACGCCACAACUGGUUGUUUUUAUUGUAACGUCCAUAAUCAGCGAUACGAAGGGAAUUCGUUUUUCUCUCACACAGACGGCUGUAUACGCUACGAGGACUGCACGUGUCGAUGUGAUGGAUCAUGGGAUUGUCCAGGGGAGAACGCAGUCGAUACAUGCCGACAGAAUACAACGUCGGGCUGCUACUCCUGUGAUGUAUACGGCACUCGUGUAGAGGGCUAUUCCAGAUUCCAGUUGGAAGAGGACUGCUGGCGUUAUGAUUGUGAGUGUGAUUGUGCAGGUGGCUGGCAGUGUUCCAAUUCACGAGUCACGUAUAUGUGUGGAUCUCAACAACAGACGUCAACGGGGUGUCGGGACUGCCUAGUAAGCGGAAACAGGUAUACCUCGCGUAGUGUUUUUCAUCUACAGUGGGGAUGUAUCGAUUACAAUUGUCGGUGUAGUUGUGACGGACACUGGGAGUGUCCUGCUGCUUCUGCCACGGUUUCAUGUGCCGACAAUAACUUACAACAGUUUCAGAUUCAAUCUGUCAGCAACAUUCCGGCGUCAUGGUGCAAGAAAUGCGUCAUUAACGGACAUACAUAUCCGGGUAACUCGCAGUUCGACUACAGGGAAAGAUGUGUCAAUCACCACGUAAGAUGUUACUGCAAUGGCGGUUACCGAACUUCUACUUCAGUGGACAAUGAGUGUGGUGCUGGGUCACGAGAUUCUUCCAUCACUACCAGAACCCGUGACCGAUGUCGACAGUGUAUCAUGAACGGAGAGACGUUUUCUCCACGUGCCAAAUUUAGCAUUGACGUCGGUUGUACUACGUACCGAUGUCGAUGUACCUGCAGCGGUCUUUCUGUAUGCAAAUCCGGUGGAAACCUAGCGUGCGGAACGGCAAUCAUUGCUAGGGGAUCGCUCGGCAGUAGGCCUGGUUCUUCUGUGAUUCGCACGGGCGGAGGUCGCACAAGUAGCAGCGGUGGGAGUUCAAGUAGCAGCUCUUCAACGAGGACAACAGGUGUUCAGGGUACAAUUGUCGAUUCUAGGCCGGGUUCUACUGUGAUUCGCACCGACGGAGGUCGCACAAGUAGCAGCGGUGGUAGUUCAAGUAGUAGUUCUUCAACGAGGACAACAGGUGUUCAAGGAACUAUUGUCGAUUCUAGGCCUGGGACUACUGUGAUUCGCACUGGCGGAGGUAGCACAAGUAGCAGCGGUGGGAGUUCAGGUAGCAGCACUCCAACGAGGACAGGUGUUCAGGGUACCAUUGUCGAUUCUAGUAGGACAGUGAACAGAGGUGGGAGUGUGAGAGUGACCAGUGGUAGCACGACUAAUACACGCGGUGGCAGUGUAGUGACCACUGGAUCUACGUCAAAUAGGGGCGGAACUGUCAGAGUGACUACCGGAACGACUGGUGGACAAGGGUCUGUUGUCACUAGGGAUCGCACAACGACUAGGGGUGGGAACUCGUACGGGGUAUUUGUGACCCCUGGGCGAAGUACCAGUAGGACCACAACCACAACAACGGUGGUAAGAGGUGGUACUGGUGGCACAGCGGUGGUAACGGGAAAUACAGGUCAAUGUAGCAUAUGCAUUGUCAACAACGUACAAUAUGCUACAAAUUCACAAUUUGACUACACGCGGGGAUGCAUCCGAUACCACUGCACAUGUGCAUGCAGCGGAGAGGCCACGUGCAAACCAGCAGGGUUUAUCGAUUGUCAAAAUCAGAACACAGGUGUGGGUUGUAGGCGCUGUACAGUUGAGGGGAGACGCUAUCAAGCACUAAGCCAGUUCACAUUCAGGAAGGAAUGUAACUCUUUAUCGUGCUUGUGUGAAUGUAGUGGUCGAGCUGUGUGCAUCCAAACACUUAUUACUAACUGUAACACCGACAGUACAGCCAUCCCCGACAAUGGUUGCAGUGAAUGCCGCGUGGACGGUCAAAUAUACCCGCCAAAUUCCAUAUUCAACACGCAGAGGGACUGCCUUAGGUACACGUGUCAGUGUGGUUGUAACGGCCUCCACAGAUGUACAGCUCCUGUCAACACAUGUGGCACGUCGCCCAUACAGGAGUGUCGGGAAUGUGUCGUGGCUGGAAGGACUUACACAACAAAUCAGCCGCUCGUUCUUCAGCGCGGAUGUUGGCGUCAGCAAUGUACGUGUGGCUGUAAUGGUCAGCCUGACUGCGAUAGCCAGACAGCUGAGUACACUUGUAAUGACGACGACGGCAGCGUCGUGACAGAUGAUACUGGCUGUGUGCCUUGUAGAAUCAAUAACAAAGACUAUCCUCCAAAUAGCAAGUUCACCAAUAGAGAAGGUUGUAAAGCCUUUAAGUGUCAUUGUUUCUGUAACGGAAGCCACUACUGCGUUGGUACUGGCACGAACGCGUGUACUGGCAAUACUGGUGGUUUUGAAACUGUAGUUAAUGUUGGCCAGGGAAGUACUAGCGUUGUCGGCAGUACGAGCGUGCAUAUUGGUACCAGACCUUCCGGAGCAAUAAACACUGGAGGAGGGUCAACUUCAACACGAACAGUAAUCACAUCAGUAGAAGCUUCCAACACUCGCGAUAGGAGGCCAACUCGUAUUGAAACGUCUAGAACGACAACAGAACGACGAGAGGAAAUAUUUCGCCAGGAGGAAAUAGCGCGACAGGAGGAAGCUGCCCGUCUGGAGAGGGAAGAAUCACGGCGACGAGCCCAGGGGGAGGCUGAGCGUCGUAAUCGGGAAGAAAUUGAACGCCAGCAAAGAGAAGAAGCAUUAAGGCGAGAAAGGGAAGAAAAUGCACGCCAACAAAUAGAAGAAGACGCCCGUCGAGAAAGGGAAGAAAUAGAACGCCAAAAUCGAGAGGAAGCUGAACGAAUACGUACCCAGGAGAAGGCUGAACGACGUAGAGCCCAGGAGGAAGCUGAAAGACGUCAAGCCCAGGAUGAGGUUGAACGGCGUCGAGUCGAAGGGGAAGCUGAUCGGCGUCGAGCUCAAGAGGAAGAAGAACGAGUACGGGCCGCUCAGGAGGAGGCAGAACGACGUCGAGUCGAGGGGGAACCUGAACGGCGUCAAGCCCAAGAAGAAGAAGAACGAGUACGGGCCGCCCAGGAGGAGGCAGAACGACGUCGAGCCGAGGAGGAAGCUGAACGACGUCGAGCCCAAGAGGAGGCUGAUCGUCGUAAUCGUAAUGAAAUUGAACGUCGAGAAAACGAGGAAACUGCCCGCAGGGAAAGGGAAGAAGCAGUUCAUCGAGAGAGGGAGAAAGAAGUUCGCCGUGAAAGGGUAGAUGCAAUCCGUCGUGCUAGAGAGGAAGCAGAAAACCGACAACGUUUAGAAAGAGAAGAAGCUGGGCGUACUCGUGCUCGAGAACGUGAACGAGAACGAAACAGAACGAUCGCUGCUACUGAUCAGACCAACUGCCAAACUUGUACUGUUGACGGAAGUAGCUAUCACGUCAAUGUUGUAUUUUAUGUAGAUCGACGCUGUAAACGUUAUAAGUGUGUGUGCUACUGUAACGGACGCUAUGCCUGCGAGACAGGAAAUCCUAUCAAUAUCUGUGACAGUGACGGAAAUGUUAUAGCCUCUGCCAAAACCUCGACUACUGUAGAUACAACGCGUACAGACAGCAGUACAAGGCAAACAGACAGAACGGGAAAUACAUCAAGUCGGACGAGUGUGACAGACAAUUCAACUGGGAGGAGGACCGGGACAUCCUACUACGAGACAUAUGCAUCCAUCGAUGGAAGUACAAUCACGGUACGAAAUGUCGAGGAUGGCCGGGAUGGUCGUUGUGCUCCUUGCGUCAUAAACGGUCAGAGUUAUGAAGGCAGGCGAGACUUCCAGCUCGACGACGGAUGUAAGCGUUUCCAGUGUACCUGUAAAUGUGGGGGAUCAUGGAUAUGUCCACGGCAAAAGCCUGAGCGUCUGUGUGGCUCGACCACGCCUACAUCGACAGGGUCUUCCCAAACGGUAUCGCGCACUACGAACACACAAACGAACACCCAAGUUGAAACAUCCUACUACGAGACAUAUGCGUCAAUCGACGGAAGUACAACCACGGUACGAAAUGGCGAGAAUAGCGGGGAUGGUCGUUGUGCUCCAUGCGUCAUUAAUGGUCAGAGUUAUCCAGGCAGACGAGACUUCCAGCUCGACGACGGAUGUAAACGUUUCCAGUGUACCUGUAAAUGUGGCGGAUCAUGGGUAUGUCCACGGCAAAAGCCUGCGCGUCUGUGUGGAUCGACUACGCCUACAUCGACAGGGUCUUCCCAAACGGUAUCGCGCACUACGUUUUACGAGUAUGAAGUCCGACAGGGACGUUCCGAGGUGAUGCUGAGUAGGGCGGAAAUAGAAGCAGGAGGAUGUGGAAUAUGCGUGAUCAAUAGCCAGCCGUAUAAGGGAGGAAGCGAGUUUUACCAUAUAGUGAGCUGCAAGAAAUUUCAAUGCUUUUGUUCUUGUGAUGGCGCCUGGAACUGUCCUCGACAAAUCCCUACAUGGGGAUGCCAGGAAAGAAACACGGGUGGAUCCAAGAAAGUUGACACACAAACUAAAGGCUCUAGAACACAAAGCCCCCAGACAACAGGAUCUCGAACACGAGAUACCCAGACCACAGGAUCUCGAACAAGUGAAACUGGGACUGUAGGCUCUCGGUCACAAGGCAUUCAGACAUCAAGCUCACAGACAGUAGAAACUCGGACAACUGGAUCACGAACAGUAAGUACCAAGUCAUCGGGUUCAGGGACAGGUGAUUCCUCAUCAACAUCAUCAAGUAGUUCUGGGUCUUUCGAUAGUUCUGUCUCUAGGAGUGGACAUUCCUCUGGUGGCGCUAGAUCCUCUGGUAGCAGAUCUGGGUCAACAUCGAUUGGUUCAAUAUCCUCCUCGUCAUCCUCCUCCUCCUCCUCCUCGUCGUCGUCUUCAGAGUCCUCUAGUUCCAAAAUGUUUUACUAUGAAUAUGAGGAGCGCCAUGGCACCACCGAGACACGACGAAGAACAGAGACAGGACGUCAGGAAUGCAGUGUGUGUGAAGUGGCAGGAUAUACAUAUCAAGGUGGAUCGAACUUUCGUUACGAUGACGGAUGUAAAGGGUUCAAUUGUUCAUGCAACUGUGAUGGGUCGUGGAUGUGCCCAAGCCAGAGACCACGGAUCCUGUGUCCCGACCAGUGCAAGUUAUGUACAGUGAGGGAACAGACACAUGUGUUCGGCUCAAGAUUCCUGAUAGACUAUGACGAGUGCAGAAAAUACCAGUGCACGUGUCACUGCAAUGGUAGAUACACGUGUUUGCCUGGUGACGUCAUCAAUGUGUGUGAGGAAGGGAGCGUACCAGACCGAGACGAAGAGGAGGAGCAAGCUGUAGCAUGCACGUCUUGUAUAGUGAACGAUCAGGAGCGACAGCCUAACACAAGGUUCCAGUACCGCAAUGGCUGUAUACGUUCCGUGUGUACGUGCGACUGCGACGGACAGCACGAAUGUUCGAGGGAGAACGUUUGUUCGGAGGAGGAAAGACCACGCGAUGAUGGUUGUCGUGAGUGUGUGGUAAAUGGUACCCGCUUUCCGUCCGACUCACACUUCCAGUACAUUGAAGACUGUUAUAGGUUUAAUUGUGACUGUGCGUGCGAUGGAUCGUACGACUGCCCGAGUCGCGACACAGAAUAUUUAUGUGAUGGCGGUUGCCAGCAAUGUGUUGUGAACGACCGACCUUACCAUGGUAAUUCGCAAUUUCAAUAUGAAGAGGACUGUUUCUUGUACAGCUGUAAUUGUAGUUGUGACGGCUCGUACAGCUGCCCGCCAGAAAGGACAGUAAACACGUGUGAAGAACCCGUGCGCGAGAACUGCAGGAAAUGUCAUAAGAACGGCGAGUCAUACGAUCCUGACACGUUUUUCCAAUACGAUGAUGGAUGCUUACGCUUCAGCUGUGACUGUUUCUGCAAUGGUUCGUACAGUUGUCCAGCGAGUCGUACAGAAAACAUGUGUGGAGCCGCAGUUGGAUCAAAGUCAUGCACCCAGUGUGUGGUGAAUGGGACAGUUCAACAGCCAAAUACGGAUUUCUACCACGAAAACGACUGUGUGCGCUACCGGUGUCACUGUAGUUGCAACGGCGCGUGGGACUGCCAAUUCAACUCCGCUAUUCCUAACUGCCAGAAAAGUGUUCAAACUGACAGAUCCGAAAGGAGAGUAGGAAGACCACGUUGCAGCGCAUGCGUAGUGGGUGGUCGAAGGUAUCGCCCAAAUAGUCGAUUUCAGUACACGGAGGGAUGUGACAGGUUCGCAUGUGACUGCGGCUGUAAUGGUUCCUAUAACUGUCCAGCUGAUCUGACGCGUAAUGUAUGUGGAGGUGACCGCCGAUGUAAAGAUUGUACAGUACGUGGGACAAAAUAUUCUGGCAACUCUGUGUUUGUGUUACGUGAACGCUGCCUUCAGUACCGCUGUUUCUGUAGUUGCAAAGGAGAAUGGGAUUGUCCGGCAGAUCGUGCCAUUGACACGUGCACUGGGCGAGGUUAGAUUUAUCUACAAGCGUAAAGGACAUGUCUAAACGAUCUACAGUUAACAGGUACAAUACAUUGCUAGGUUUAGUGCAUGGGUACUAGAUAUGUGCUGGUCAAGUACAGGUACACUUAUCUAGUCGUACCCUUGGUUACGAUUAGAUAUUGUGCUGGGCAGCGUGCCUUUAGAUUUGCUCCAUCAGCACAUAUCCUAGACAUACAAUGGACAAAAGGCUAACGUCCUUUACACUUUCUGAGGGGUAGAUCUGUCUGUAAAUACGCACUUGGUAUGACAGUGUACAUAUGUUUGGUAUAAAUACUCGGGUAGUAGAGCUCAACUUGAAUUGGAAAUCUUCUAAAUGCAGACGACGUGAACAAUAUCCGCUGAUUAGUGUUGGUCCACAUGCAUGUCAUUUAUCUACAUAGGGAAAGACAGCUCACACGCACUAUUAUUCUGAUAACGUCACUAGGGCGUCAUCACAUUAUGCUUUGAAAUCAGGGUUACAUUUGUAAAUCAUUAAUUUUGUCUCUAAUUUCUUUGCUCUUGAUUAUGAAACGUGUUCAUUAUGCAGGAGUAGUACAUUCACUAUCAUGUGUUGUGGGUGAGGCUAGUGUAUUCCGCGUGCGCAUUAGGUGUGGCUAUUAAUUCUCAAUCCUAUGUACUAGAUGGGACUAGCUUCUCAAACGUGUCCAUGCUCAGCAUAGGACUAGUGUGACCAUUAUCAUGUGUUCCGGGCGCGGCAAGCUCCUUCCAGAUUUAUGUGUAACUA